AUGACCGAUGCUUCAGAACUCGAGAUCAUUGAAAAUGCGCCUCCAUUGCCGAACGAGAAGCCACGGAUCGUCCAUGGAAGAGUAAUGCAAGCGUCUUCAACGGAACGCAUGAUUGCUGCAUGUGGCGGUGCUCUUGUCACUUCGUUAUUAAUGACGCCUCUGGACGUAGUCAAGACUCGACUUCAAAGCCAAGAGAUAUCGGGUAUACGACAUUUGGAUGGCACCUUGGAUGGUCUUGCCAAGAUUGUUCGUUAUGAAGGCCCAGCAGCACUUUUUCGAGGAUUAUCAGCAGGGUUGGUCAUGUCGGUGCCUGCUACAGUGACCUACUUUGUGGGAUAUGACUACAUUCGUGAUCACAUUCAACAAUCCCGGUUCAACGACACCAUGUUCCAUCAUUAUUCACCCCUUUGGGCAGGUGGUGUUGCAAGAACCGUGGCAGCAGCAUUUGUCUCGCCUCUAGAACUUUUCAGAACAAGAAUACAAGCAGCAGAAGGCUCUGAAGGAUUUUCUGCUGUUUGGAAGGGUAUCACACAAAUGGUUCAGCAAGAAGGACCUGCUACCUUGUGGCGUGGAUUGUUGCCCACAAUGCUACGAGAUGUUCCAUUUUCAGCUGUGUAUUGGAUGGGGUAUGAAAAAGUCAAACACCAUUUGAACACCAAGCAUCAUGAUACCCUAUCAAAUUUCCAGACUGCCUUCCUCGCUGGUGCUUCUUCAGGCAUGACAGCCGCCGUCUUGACACAUCCCUUUGACGUUAUCAAAACACAAAGACAAGUAAGCUGUGGCCAUGAUGCCCGUAUUGGACGAUUGAUCCAAAUGAUCGCAACAACACAAGGAUACCGUGGUUUCUUCAGAGGUGUCGUCCCACGGGUCUUCAAAGUGGCUCCAUCUUGUGCCAUCAUGAUCUCCAGCUAUGAAGUCGGCAAGCGCUUUUUCGCAGAUCGACGACACAUUGCAUUUUCUUCGGCUAGCUGA